AUGAGUUUGAAUGAAGAUGACAAUGUAAGAGAGCCACUUGAUUCGAGCAAAGACCUCCGUUUUCUCCCCAUCACCUUUUCACAUUCAUUAUUUUUCUCUGCACGGAAAUACACUCUAGUUGGGGAACUGGGAAAGGCAACAGAUACAUUUAUUUCUACAGGAAAAGUUACAGAAGAAAAACCUUAUGAUUGGAUAACAAAAGAGGCUCUUGAGAAUGUCCUGCAGAAGUUUACAAGGAACAUCAUGUAAGUUCCUCCACUCUAUUCUGCCCUGAAGAAAGAUGGACAGAGGUUGUCAACCUUGGUUAGGAAAGGAGAAUCUGUGGAGCCAAAGCCUGCCAGGCCAGUUACCGUUUACAGCCUCACUCUCAAAAAUUUAAAGCCACCCUUGUUCACAUUUGAUGUUGAAUGUGGGGGCGGCUUUUAUGUCAGAAGCUUGGUCAACGCCAUUGGCAAAGAUUUGUCUUUGGUUUACUCCUUUUUGGGGCUAUAGAGCUCUGCCACUAUGCAAGAGUUGACCCGAACCAAGCAAGGACCCUUUGCACUGGAAGAACAUGCUCUUUCUGAGGACAGAUGGACAACUGAUGAAAUCAUCCAGUCCCUGGAGCAUUGCAUGCGUCUUCUCCGGGCAAAGCUGUAUCGUAAGGAAUUAAAGACAAAGUUAUCUGAAGAACACCCUGUGAGCUGUGAAGAUAAGCGAUAA